AUGGUAACUUUGAUAGGCGAUACAAAGAUACCAUUCCCAAAGGAUGUGGAUAAUUACCCAAAUGGUGGAGGAGACGACCAGAAGAGUGAAACAGAUGAUGAUGGCAUUGGUGGUGGUUAUGGUAGUGAUGAUGGUGGUGGUGGCAGAAGUUAUGGUGGUGAUGACGGUGGCAGUGAUGAUGGGGGCGGUGGUGGUGGAGGAGGAGGAGGUGGUGGCGGUGAUGACGGAGGUGGUGGUGGCGGUGGUGAUGAUGGGGGUGGUGGAGGUGGCGGUGAUGAUGGGGGUGAAAAAUCAAAGAAAACAUCUGAUAAAUCUAAGAAGGAAAAAAGCAAGUCCCCUGAAAGAUCCCGCAAAGACAAAUUUGAAAAAGAAAAAUCUAAAUCUGAAGGGAAAAAAUCUAAGUCAGAAAAAUCUAAAUCAGAACAGUCUAAAUCUAAGAGUAAGUCCAAAUCCAGUAAAGAGAAAUCUAAGUCUAAAUCUAGAAGUAAGUCCAAAUCAUCCAAGUCCAAGAAAAGUAAGUCAAAAAGUAAAUCAAAAUCAAAGUCACCGAAGGGUAAAUCAAAAUCGAAGUCAAAGUCACCGAAGGAUAAAUCAAAAUCGAAGUCAAAGUCGCCCAAGGGUAAAUCGAAAUCAAAGUCAAAAUCAUCCAAAGGAAAAUCAAAGUCAAAGUCACCAAAACGUAAAUCCAAGUCACCCAAAAGAAAAUCUCCCAAAAGAAAGUCGCCAAAGAGAAAGUCACCAAGGAGGAAAUCACCCAAGAUGAAAGCUAGAAAGUCACCCAAGAUGAAAAUGAAAAAGUCGCCCAAGAUGAAAUCUCCUAAGAGGGCAGGAUUUAAGAAGCCCAAACUAGGGCGCCGUUGAUACAAAGUGACUCUGAA